AUGUUGAAGGAAUAUAAAUUAGUUGUCGUCGGAGGCGGUGGUGUUGGUAAAUCAGCUUUGACAAUUCAAUUGAUCCAAUCUCAUUUCGUUGAUGAAUAUGACCCUACUAUUGAGGAUUCAUAUAGAAAGCAGUGCACUGUUGAUGGUGAGCAAGUGAUGCUUGACGUCUUGGACACAGCAGGACAAGAAGAAUACAGUGCCAUGAGAGAGCAAUAUAUGAGGACUGGAGAAGGGUUUCUCCUUGUUUACUCAAUCACGUCGAGAAAUUCGCUCGAGGAAUUGCAAUCGUUUUAUGAGCAAAUCCAAAGAGUCAAGGACUCUGAAAUCGUACCAGUUCUUGUUGUUGGAAACAAAUGUGACUUGGAAAUAGAAAGACAAGUUAGCUAUGAGGAAGGAUUGAGUUUAGCAAAAUCCUUUAAUUGUUCAUUUCUUGAAACAUCUGCCAAACAGAGAAUUAAUGUUGAAGAAGCAUUCUAUGAUUUAGUAAGAUCAGUCAGAGACGAAAACAAAAGACAAACAGAACAAGAAUCUUCCAAAAAAGCAGCUGGUGGAGCCACUUCUUCAGGAAAAGACAAUGAAGCCACUGGUGGAGCUACGAAUACACCAACUUCUAAAAAUAACUCAUCGAGCCAGAACAAUAAUAACCUGAAUGGAAAAGCUAACUCACAACUGGCAAAAAGAUCACAGCAAGCUACAUCAAAUCAAGGUUCUGAAGGUAAAGAAAAGUCUGGUUGUUGUGUAAUUGUUUAG